GCGUACAUAAGGAGCGAGCGAGGGGUAUGCACACUGUGUCGGUACUUGGCGAGUGUGGCUGCUAGUGCUCUCCUUCACUCAGUGAGACCAGCGUUCCUGUUUGCUACAAGACUCUCCCUUCUCUCACUAUACAUCUCUCCUUCGCUCUCACUUGGCGCCUCUCUGCCUACAACCAUGACGCUACCGCGAUCCUUAGCCACGCUGGUGCUGCUGCUCCUGGGUGUGUGUGUUGAAGCGAGGGUGACCAACACUACCAGUAGCAGCGCCUCAGCCUCCUCCUGCGAUCCCAACAAACUCACUGUGUAUAAAGUGUUGUUGCAGACAGCCUGGAGCAGAGAGGUGUUCCCCAAGCAGUACCCUGAGUGGCGACCCCCAGCACAGUGGUCCAAAGUUGUAGGUCGCUCCCACAGUGGAUCCUUCCGUCUGUUCCGUAUGGGAGAAACAGCGUCUGAGGGGCUGAAACAGUUUGCCGAGCUUGGCCAGACAGAGGUGUUGGAUGCCCAAAGUCAAGGUCAAGGUGGUAUCCUUGACGAAUUCAACGCUCCGCCCAUCACACAGGGUGUGGGAGAGACCCAGGCUGAGUGCUUCGUCGAUGGUAACCACUCCAAGGUGUCUCUCAUCUCCCGGGUGGUUCCAUCACCUGACUGGUUUAUCGGUAUCGACAGCUUCGACCUGUGUGUGGAGGGCAAGUGGGUCGAGUCUGUAGUGCUAGAGGUGGACCCCCUAGAUGCAGGUACAGACAACGGGUUCACCUUCACCUCCCCUAACUGGCCCACCAUACCUAAAAAAGCCGUCAGUCGCAUCACUGCUCAGAGCCCCGAUCAUCCGGCCAACUCCUUCUUCUAUCCGGACGUGCCAGAACAUCCUCCAAUCGCCACCUUCCAUAUUAUCAAGGUGAAAGAGUACGAGCUGGCUCGUGUGUUCUCACCGUCAGUGGUUCGAGCGUCGGCCCAGAGGUACUCCCCCAGGGACCUGGCUGGUGACGUCACCCCUGACACUACCCAGGGAGCUGAACCCCUGGACAACGAAGUGAGUAACAGCAUCCUGCCCAAGACCAGCGAACCCAUCGAGAACGUAGAACCCACUGAUGCCUCCGACAACACUGUCGACACUCCCGGCAAGAAUGUACUGAUGAACACCUUCGUUGACAAGUUCAAGAAGAAGUACAGGAAGAACAGGAGAGGCAGGAAGAUGGGACCAGGAAGAAAGUUGGACCAACGUAGAAAGACGGAGCGUCGCCGUGCUCGCGUCCCUCGUGACUGUCGUGUUAGCGAGUGGUCUGAGUGGUCCAACUGCAGCAAGACCUGUGGCAUCGGGGAGCAGAUACGGACGAGAACUGUGGUGAGACACGCACGGCGGGGCCGUCCUUGCCCUAACCUGCAGGAGACCAAGUGGUGUGGCUCAUCCAGGGACUGUGACCACAAGUACUUCGACUGGUAGACCUGGAACACUCCACACUGGGACCCGGGGAGACCUGGAGCACUCCACACUGGGACUGGUAGACCUGGAACACUCCACAUUGGGACUGGUAGACCUGGAGCACUCCACAUUGGGACUGGUAGACCUGGAGCACUCCACACUGGGACCCGGGGAGGCCGUCCUAAAUGCCCACACCACCCACCGAUAUCAA